GAGAGAACCCUUUAUUGAUCUCACACCGGGGAAAUCCACUUGUUACUGCAGUAGAAGAAAAAAACAAGUGUAACAAUAGAAUAAAGUAGAAAAAUAAGGUUAUGUAAAUUUUAAGUACGUGCAUUUGCAAAACUGAGUGUUUGCAAAAAAACAGUUGUAGAAUAUUCAAACAAAUGAUUUUCAGGGAAAAUGUAACUUUCCUACAAUGUAAAGCAGGACUGAAGCUCUGACUUUAGCUGAGCUGUUGCAUCUGUUGUAAACAACACAAGGUUUAACUUUAAAAGUGAUAAUUUAAUGAGUUUCACCUCUAAAUAAAAGUAAAGUUGCCUGAUUUGGUAUCAGAUGCUGUUUCUCUGAUCUCAUAUAAAAACAUCAGUGAGUGUGAUCAUGUUUUUCAGUCCAGGUUUCAGUCUGGUUCAAGGUUUCUCCUGCUUCUUCCCAGAUGACCGAUAUUUUCUGAAUGACUCUCUCACACCGGAGCUUCAUCUCUGUUCACGCUGGAAGAUGCAAAUCUGUUUUUUCCUCUUAAUGUCAUCUCAUUUUUUUCUGUUCAUUUUCCCCCUCUGCAGCUCCCUCGGGCCAUUCCAUGGGAAAAGAAACUUUUCCUGCGGCCCUGGGAGUAAUCCAGCUAUUUUAGGAAAACACGUCACUGCUUUGAGCUGCAGCCCAGAAACUCUCCCUUAUUUCCAUCAUCCAGCUUCUUCUUUUUUCUCUUUACUUGUUGCACAGCGCAGCAGUGUUUACCUUCCUUUCAGAUACAUGCUGCUUUAAAAACUCUGUCUAUUUUAUACAAAAGCAGGAAGGAAAAAAAUAAACCUCUUUAUUCCCCCUUGUUUCUCAUGCACGGUGCAACACGCCUGCAGCAGCAGACACAGCAGAGGCAUGACAGAUCUUGCAAGUCGUGCACAACUUGUGGAGCAGCUCAGCAGCGUUCAGGGCUGUUGUGGAAACGUCAGCAAGGUUUGGUCUUGAGACGGCUGCGGCGUGACAUUGCAGAGCCUCUGUUUUUUAGUCUCUCCCCUCUUUAUGUGUGUCAUGGAUGGAUGAAGGGAUGGGUGGCUGGAGGAGGACGCAGCCCUGAGCCACAGUGAGAGAGUGUGUGCAUACACACACACAAACGUCAGCUCGGGGAGGGCAAAGCCUGCUUAAAAUGCAGUGAAUGUGACAGCCGAGCCGAUAGUCCAGACUACAGCAGCGUGUGGACGGCAGAAAGGUGAGCGUGGAAAGGAGGAGGAGGAGGGGGGGCACAAAAAUGCCAGCGGAACAAGCUCACCCGCAGACGUGACGCCGACAACAAAGAGAGAGACGCGCGGAGACGCUCAGCUGGUUUCCAAAUACGCGCGGAGAGGUGUCGCGGAGGGGGGAACAGAGAGGACCGAGGUGCGGGAAGCGUCGCCCUUGUCUGGGGGGGGAAAGAUGACAGUGGUGCCCGCGGAGAACCUGGAUGAGACUGUGGCACUGGCCGCGCUGUCAGCCCAGGAUGUGUACGACCCGGAGAGAGUGGAGAACCAGGAGUGCUGCGAGCGGGUGGUCAUCAACAUCUCCGGGCUGCGCUUCGAGACGCAGCUGAAGACGCUCGCCCAGUUCCCCUCCACCCUGCUGGGGAACCCGCGCAAGAGGAUGCGCUUCUUCGACCCGCUGAGGAACGAAUACUUCUUCGACAGGAACCGACCCAGCUUCGAUGCCAUCCUCUACUACUACCAGUCCGGGGGCAGGCUCCGGAGACCCGUCAACGUGCCCGUGGACAUAUUCAUGGAGGAGAUUAAAUUUUACGAACUGGGGGAGGAGGUGAUUGAGAAUUUUAAGGAGGAUGAGGGAUUCAUCAAGGAAGAAGAGCGGCCGCUGCCUGAGAACGAGUUCCAGCGGCAGGUCUGGCUCCUGUUCGAGUACCCGGAGAGCUCCGGACCCGCCAGGGGCAUCGCGAUAGUCUCCGUGCUGGUGAUCCUCAUCUCCAUUGUGAUCUUCUGCUUGGAGACUUUACCGGAGUUCAGGGAGGAAGCCAGAACGUUUGACGAUCAGCUGGUGGUGAACGGAACCGCGCGCGCAAAGAAGCCGAACCCGUUCACGGACCCGUUUUUCAUCGUGGAGACGCUCUGCAUCAUCUGGUUCUCCUUCGAGCUGCUCGUCAGGUUCCUCGCCUGCCCGAGCAAGCCCGCGUUCUUCAAGAACAUCAUGAACACCAUCGACAUCGUGGCCAUCAUGCCCUACUUCAUCACGCUGGGGCUGGAGCUCGCGGAGCACCAGGGGAACGGCCAGCAGGCCAUGUCUCUGGCCAUCCUGAGGGUCAUCCGCCUGGUCCGGGUCUUCAGGAUCUUCAAGCUCUCCAGACACUCCAAGGGGCUCCAGAUCCUGGGGAAGACCCUGCAGGCCAGCAUGAGGGAGCUGGGACUGCUCAUCUUCUUCCUCUUCAUCGGGGUCAUCCUCUUCUCCAGCGCCGUGUAUUUCGCCGAGACCGACGACCCGGAUUCGGGUUUCAGCAGCAUCCCGGACGCCUUCUGGUGGGCGGUGGUGUCCAUGACCACGGUGGGCUACGGGGACAUGUGUCCGGUCACCAUCGGGGGGAAAAUCGUGGGCUCCCUGUGCGCCAUAGCCGGGGUGCUCACCAUCGCGCUCCCGGUGCCGGUUAUCGUCUCCAACUUCAACUACUUCUACCACCGGGAGACCGAGCACGAGGAGCAGUUCCAGUACACACACGUGACCUGCGGCCAGCAGCAGCCGCAGUUCGGAGAGUUCAAGAAGAGCGACAGCAAACCGUCCCUGUCCAAGUCCGACUACCCGGACAGCGACGACGUGGACUCCAUCAAAUACACCAACUGCAGCCCGCACAAAGCCUACACCGGGAAGCUCACCGACGUAUGAUCCGGACCCAGAAUUACGCGCCAGUUCAGUGGCGCGCUAAGGAAAGUUUUCAGUGUCAUUCCCAACAUCCCGCGCUCUGGUUUGAGUUUAGACUGGCGAGCUUCUUAUUUUUGCCAUCACAGGGAAUCAUUUCAGAACCACCACAGGACGGAUUAUAAGAAUUCACAUUAAUCCCCUGAACCUGUCUUCCAUUACGCGCGUCUUGAGUUGGGGAAAAAAAGCUUCGAAAUGAUCAGCCUAUGGCCAAUUGUAGCACUUUAUUAUGUUUAUUAUUAAUGUUUCUCUUAGUAAAUGCGUAAUUUAUUGCCCUCAUGAUGCAGGUUUAAAGUUUACAUUUGCUUUUCUGUCUGUCUGCAGCAACAGGACCAAUUUAAUCUAAAUUUACAGACUGAUGCAGGAGGCACAUGGUGCCUGUUGUUAUUAUGGUGACACACACACACACACACACACACACAC